UCCGCCGGGCGCUGCCUUGAAGCUUCCUCGGCCGCUCGCCGGGUCGGGGAGCGGGCGGCGAGAUGCGCCCCCUGCUCGGCCUCCUGCUGGUCUUCGUCGGCUGCACGUUCGCGCUGUACUUGCUGUCGACGCGACUGCCCCGCGGGCGGACGCUGGGCUCGGGCGAGGAGCCGGGCGGCAGGUCACUGUGGUUCCCCUCAGACCUGGCCGAGCUGCGGGAGCUCUCCGAGAUCCUUCGAGAGUACCGGAAGGAGCACCAGGCCUAUGUGCUCCUGCUGUUCUGCAGCGCCUACCUCUACAAACAGGGCUUUGCCAUCCCUGGCUCCAGCUUCCUGAACAUUUUAGCUGGUGCUUUGUUUGGACCAUGGCUGGGGCUCUUGCUGUGCUGCGUGUUGACGUCAGUGGGCGCCACGUGCUGCUACCUGCUUUCCAGUAUUUUUGGCAAACAGCUGGUGGUCUCCUACUUCCCUGACAAAGUGUCCCUGCUGCAGAGGAAGGUGGAGGAAAACAGAAACAGCUUGUUUUUUUUCUUACUGUUUUUGAGACUUUUCCCCAUGACACCAAACUGGUUCUUGAACCUCUCGGCUCCGAUUCUGAACAUCCCAAUUGCGCAGUUCUUCUUCUCUGUUCUACUCGGUCUGAUCCCGUACAAUUUUAUCUGUGUGCAGACAGGCUCCAUCCUGUCAACUCUGACCUCUCUGGAUGCUCUUUUCUCCUGGGAAACGAUCUUCAAGCUUUUGGCCAUUGCCUUGGUGGCCUUAGUUCCUGGAACCCUCAUUAAAAAAUUUAGUCAGAAGGACCUGCAUUUGAAUGAAAUAAGCAACACUAAUCAUCUAAAUAGUAGAAAGGACACAUGAUCUGUGUGGUUUUGGUUGCCAUGUUCCUGGACUUUGCUGCUUGUCUGUGUAAUGGUGUGGUCCUCUGCAGCCCCUCAUUGUUCUUCACUACCCUCAACAGGUGAUUUGGACACUGUUUAUCUGUGUGUGGUGUUUUCAUAAAGGACACUUUGAGUGCUCUAGAAGGUGAAUUGUAUCAGGUUCUCCAACCAGUCCUGGAGUAGCAGGACACUCUGUGAAAUGGAUGGCCUUCUAGAAGAUCCUAUUUAUAAUUUAUUGAAUAACAGGGAACUCAGGGUAGUCUGUUGUAUUUGCCUCUUGCCAAGCCCUGAGCUGCCCUAGGAGAAGCUGCUGGUUGUCCUUGUCCGGAGUGCCUCUUUAGCAAAGCAGUAGGCUGUUGUGACGGGUGGUUAAGUCCCCAGUGUAUGUAAUUGGUGUAGAUGAUGACGUGAACCCACGUCACUGACAUUACCCUUUGUCUUGCUAGUCUCUUGAAGAGCGUCCUGCACUUUUUUGCUGAUGACCUACCUCUUCCAUAAACCAAGGGAAUCAAGCUGAGGAACCACAUGGAACUUGCACAUACACAGCUCACACGCCCAGCGAUUUCCGUGAUGCUCUUUGCGUUCAGAUGCACUGACGUUCUUGGAUGUGUUAAACCUCUUAGUUGCAUGUUCUGAUAAUGGAGCUGACUGCAAAUAGACUAUUAAAUAUGAAUGCAGCAAACUCUAUGUCAUGGAUAUGUUCUGGAGAAAUUUUUACCUGUCCGAAUGGGGCAGGGCCCUUGGCUCACUGGAACCAAAUGACAUUUUCUAAUCUGUCCUUGCUGUGGGAAUCCUUUCUCCACCCUCCUGCUAGGAGAUUGGAUUCAGUACACUUAGCUCUCAGCCAGUGUACCCUCUGAAUAUUUUUAAUUUUGUCAUUUGUUGAGAAUAACUGAGGUAUAAUUUUAUCUUUUAACCCAAAGAGGAAAACUUGGUUUUAGAUUACUUUGUUGUGUUUGAUUUUAAUGAUCUGUGGCUGUUACUGCUUCUUACAGCUGCGGUAUUGAACGGGCACAGACCUGGGUUAAUGGUGCCAGGGACACGAGGACCUUGGCGCCUACACUAACCAGCUCUGGGAUUCUGUAACCCAAAGGAGUAAUUCAUUUCUUACCAGAACUGUUGCCUUUGGGCAUCAUCUGCUGGGUUUUGCUUUGGCUUGGCCAAGAAUCUUGCCAAGGCUUUCACUUGGGCCACUUGUUCUACAUGAAUUCUUGAGCAUACUCCUGUUCAGUAGGAAGAAUGAAUCCCCAAGUCAUGGUUUUGGGACAUGGUAUGACACAAAAAACAGCCAGGACUUCUUUUUUAAAGACAUGUUGUUUUAAAAGAAGCUUGGUAAUGAGUGGGGGUGAGGAGAAGGCUGUGUGAAAUCUGUGGCUUUUUGUGUUCUGGAGGAGGAGGAGGUGGAGGGAAGGGGAAACCAGUGUUUUCUACACUAUUGCAAGUGUGUGCCCUUUGUCCUUUACAGGACCCUUAUAUUUUAUGUCUUUAUCCCUCUUCCCCCUUGAUUUUGCUACAAUGUGCCUUACCAUUUGUGAGUUUACAGGCAAAGCAAUUUCCCAAAUAAAUGGAUAUAAAUGUU